AUAUAUAUAUAUGUCUAUCAUAGAGUGCUUUGUUUAAUGUGAAGUCAGAAUAGUAUGUUUUUCUUGUCAAUCGUUUCCUAGCACUUUCACGUCAGAUAAUUUCAUAAAUUUACAGAUAAUAUUACAUUUUUUCAUUUAAACAAUAAAUUUUGUGUUGAAAACGAAAACUUAAAGACAUAUCGAAAACUUUGCAAAAAUAGAAAUAGGAACACAACAGCGAAAUGACACUUGGUGAGGUUUUGCAUUACAUUGUUAUUGGCAAUCCAGUGAGCAGUGCACUUAUUAAUACGACGUCAUCAUUGUUAAGUAAAGGUGGUGGGAAGAAUUUUACGGUAAAUAACGAGCUUGAAAAACUAUAUAUUCCAGAAAUGCCCGAAAAAAUAGUGAAUACUACAAAACAGGUUUUAACAACCUCUUAUCCCAUGUUAUGGAGAUUGGCUGGGCGAAAUUACAAUUUUAUUAGAUUGGCUGGAUUAAGUGGAGCAUCGGCCGUAAUAUUUGGAGCCAUUGGCAGCCAUGAACUUGUUCUACCGGAAAAAGGAGAAUUAAAAACUGUUUUUGAAACAGCCAAUCGCUUUCAUUUCUUUCAUUCUAUUGCUCUCCUAGCUGUGCCUUCGACCAAGCAUCCUGUUGUUACUGGCUCUCUUAUGAUUAUUGGCACUGCUCUGUUUUGCGGUGCGCUUUAUUAUCGCGCUUUCACUGGAAAUAAACCACCAUAUCCACGUCUUGCUCCAUUAGGAGGUUCCUGCCUUAUAGCCGCCUGGUUAUCGCUUAUUCUGUAAAACACAGUUUUAUCCUUUUUUGCGAAAGUAAAAAAAAUAUGUAUUAGUCGUAUUUCUUAAUGCCUUUGUUACUGGCAUUUUAAUAAUACUUAUUUUUCGUCUGUCUUAUCAAUAAAUUUUUUUUGUUAUUCGGUUAA